AGAGAGGUGGAGAAGUCUCUAAACUUACCAGUGAAGGAAAGCAGGCACUUAAAAUUUUUCCCAAACAAAACCGUAAUUUUAACUGGUCCCUGGGUUGAGCCUCUCUCGAUGAAUGACUUCCAGGGCCUCUGGCUCUUUGGGACUAAACGAGAAAAUUAUUUUUAGCACAACUAUUUGGAAAUCUUUGAGAACUUAGAUCUGUUAUUCUGUCUGGUACUAAAGCAAGUUUUCACUGAGCGCUCAUGAAAAAUCCUAUAUCUCUUGGAUUUAGAAUCCUGAAGCAACCUACCAUCCAAAAGCAAGAGCCAAAGAUGUUUGUCUUGCUCUAUGUUACAAGUUUUGCCAUUUGCGCCAGUGAACAACCUCGGGGUAAUCAGUUGAAAGGAGAGAGCUAUUCUCCGAGAUAUAUCUGCAGUAUUCCUGGCUUGCCUGGGCCUCCAGGACCCCCUGGAGCAAACGGUUCCCCUGGGCCUCAUGGUCGCAUCGGCCUUCCAGGAAGAGAUGGCAGAGAUGGCAGGAAAGGAGAAAAAGGCGAAAAGGGAACGGCAGGCUUGAGAGGUAAGACUGGACCUCUGGGUCUUGCUGGUGAGAAAGGGGACCAAGGAGAGACCGGGAAGAAAGGACCCGUGGGACCAGAGGGAGAUAAAGGAGAAGUAGGUCCAGCUGGACCUCCUGGACCGAAGGGAGACAGAGGAGAGCAAGGGGACCCAGGGCUUCCUGGAGUGUGCAGAUGUGGAAGCAUCGUGCUCAAAUCUGCCUUUUCUGUUGGCAUCACAACCAGCUACCCAGAAGAAAGACUACCUAUUAUAUUUAACAAGGUUCUCUUCAAUGAGGGAGAGCACUACAACCCCGCAACGGGGAAGUUCAUCUGUGCCUUCCCAGGGAUCUAUUACUUUUCUUAUGAUAUCACAUUGGCUAACAAGCAUCUGGCGAUUGGGCUGGUACACAAUGGGCAGUACCGGAUAAAGACCUUUGACGCCAACACGGGGAACCACGAUGUCGCUUCUGGGUCUACAGUCAUCUAUCUGCAGCCAGAAGAUGAAGUCUGGCUGGAGAUCUUCUUCACUGAUCAGAAUGGCCUCUUCUCAGACCCAGGCUGGGCAGACAGUUUAUUCUCUGGAUUUCUCCUAUACGUUGACACAGAUUACCUAGAUUCCAUAUCAGAAGAUGAUGAACUGUGAUCAGAGCCAAGAUCCUGUGGCAGACACUUUGCUUUCAUCCAGGGUUAUAGAUGGUGGAACAGGCAGGAAUGGAAAUCAAAGCGAUUCCUGCUUAGAUUCUACAGCAUUUACAGACAAUCCUACCAGAAUCUAUCAGAAUAAGUAAGGUGAACCACCAAACAGUUUAAAGUAUACCAAAAUGAAUGAUAUAAAACAAUAACCCCCGAAAUGAAUUCUUUUAAAAGCAGUGUUCGUAAAUAUUUAAACAAAUUAAAGACAAUGUUAACACAUUUUCCAUUAAAUGCCCUGAGUGGUAAAACCAGCUGGCAAUAAUACUGCCUCAUUAAAUCUUCAAAAAGUU